AUGAAAUUUGCCAAAACCCUUCAAUCGGAAGUCGUACUAGAAUGGAGCACGAAAUACGUUGACUACAAAGGGUUGAAGGGAAAGUUGAGAGCCGUUGAACGAGCAAAACGUAAUCGAGAGAACCGCUUGUCAGCCACAACCUUCAGGCGUAGCCUUGAAAGUUAUAGAAGUUAUCCAAAUGAUGUAAAUGAUGAUCAUCGUUCCGAAUUUUCAGUAAAACAACCUCCAGGACUACUCUCGAAUGCCUCUCAACGUGCCAUGAGCUUUACGAGCAUAGCUGAAAGCACGGGCUCUUGGUUUAACAAAGUCUCUUUCAUGUUGUCAAAUUGGAAGAAACAUUCGGCAGAUUCCGUGUUUCCCGAUCACCACCCGACACCAAUCGUUAUAACCUCCCUCGAGACACUCAUGCUCCAAGCAAAUCGCCAAGAGCGUGAAUUUUUCACCAUGUUACAAGAAGAACUGGAUAAAGUUAACUAUUUUUAUGAAGUCAAGGAGAAAGAGUCAAUAGAUUCAUUUGAAGUUGUAAAGCAACAAUACUCUCAAGGUGAAUGGACCAAAAAAAACACAAACAGUGGCUCACGGGUCAUAGGUUCGCCGGACGAACGGCUGCAAAAGGAAUUGAAACGCAAGGAUAUAUGGAAAUUAAUUAAAAAAGCCUUGUUCGAAAUUUACCGGGGUACCGAACUACUAAGGAAAUACCGGACUCUCAACCAAAUAGCCUUUACCAAGGUGUUGAAGAAAUACGACAAGAUCGCAAACGUGAACGCUAGCAAACUGUACAUGUCCACGGUGGUAAACGAAAAAGGUUUUACAAAGUCAAAAAGGCUGGAAAAACUCAUCAGAGAGAUCGAGGAUUUCUAUUCAGAACAUUUUGAAGAAGGUUCACGAAGGCGUUCAAUGAAAAAGUUGCGGAUCCCUAGCAAAAAACAUAUCAAUCACUAUUCUUCGGCGUGGAGAACAGGGAUAUAUUUGGGGAUGGCGAUUCCUUUAUUUGUUCAAUCAAUCUAUUAUGUUUUUCAUAAAAACAGUGAUGUAUUUCGGCAAAACGUGAGUGCCGGGUUUGAUUACACUGACCGAUAUCAUUUAAUGCAAUUAUAUGCUGGAAUGGGCCUUCCAAUAAUUUUUUCUUUGAUGAUCGGUAUUAACAUGUUUGUUUGGACGCGGGCACGAAUAAAUUACAAGUUUAUCUUUGAAUUCGACCCCCGUGAUAACAUCGACUAUCAUCAAUAUUUAGAGAUUCCCUCCUUUAUGUUUCUAGUAUUUAGUUUCUUCAUGUACGCAACCACACAAAACACCUUUGGAAUCAAACAGGUGGAAUAUCCUAAAAUUCUUCUGAUCAUCUUUUUGGCCAUCAUUUUUAUGCCAUUUAAAAGAUUCUAUUAUGGUGCAAGACGAUGGUUCAUCUUUAGCGUUGCUCGAAUCUUUGGGUCCCCAUUUACAACUAUCGGGUUCAGUGAUUUCUUUAUCGCCGAUGAAUUAACAAGUUUGACAUAUUCCUUUUCGACUUUACAACUUUUCUUAUGCACUUGUUCGUAUUCUUCGGAUAGUUGCGAAUUUCUUUGCUACACAUCGACUUCUUGUAUCACCCCAAUUCUUGCCUCCAUACCCGCCAUUUUACGCUCUCUUCAAUGUCUCAGGCGUUUACACGACACACACAAAUCAGUUCACCUGAUGAACUUUGGAAAAUACAUGUCAACAGUUAUCACCAUAUCCACGCUCUAUCUUUACCGGAAACAUAUCUCAACUAAUACUUCCUCAAAUAUCAAUAUCAUCAAAUUUUUAUGGGCUCUCAGUCAAGGUGUCAAUUCGAUUUAUACAACUUUAUGGGAUAUUAAAAUGGACUGGAGAUUAUUUCAAUCUGGUCCAAAUUUAUUUUUAAGAGAUCAAUUGGCAUAUCGACGCAAAUGGAUUUACUAUUGUGGAAUGAUAGCUAAUGGCUUACUCAGGUGCAGUUGGAUUCUCAUUCUGAUAAAGGAUACCUCCAUAGUGGUGUUUUCGGUCGCUUUUGGAGAAAUAUUGAGACGUUGGAUUUGGAACUUCUUUCGUGUGGAAAAUGAUCACGCUAACAACUGUGUGAAAUCACGAGCCAUCGGAAUUGAUAAGAUCAUCAGUAAAUUAAAAGGUGACCCUAUCAUAGAUAAACAAGACCUGGGUGACUUCUCAACUCGAAGCGGUGACUCGGCCGAAGAUGGCUUGAAGCUGCACAGGCCUCAUGGCAAGUUUGAUGGAUCCUUUAACUAUACGACUUUGGGAUACGGUGACCAUUUUAAUAAGGAUAAAGAUUCCCUCGACCAUGGGCCCAACCUCAACAAAACAAACCGCAGCACGGAUGUUAAGAACAAAAAUCGUCAAAAUCACAAUGCUCAAAUUUUGAAUAACAAGAAAAAACAGGUGAAGAGUGAGAAGGAUGGCGAUCGACUUAUACCAGAACAUCGUCGCGCACCCGAUCAUGAAAUAGAGAAAGAUGAGGAUUAUGUUGAAGGAGACUAUUGGAGUGAACCAGUCGGACAAACCAAAAAACCAUAA